UAUCGAUAUCAUCGAGCUGUACAUCGAGAAUGCGCGAUCGGCUGCGGUAACCUUGCGCAAAUUCAAGGCAAGUUGUUCGACUUAAAAGAUUCGACCGAUGCACCGCUCUUUAUGCCCAACCCUAUACAGAUUCAUAUCACCAUGGCCAUUACACCAACCCCGCUAACCUCAAACAGCGCAUUUAUGGCCCGGUAUAUGGCACUGGAGCAACCGGCCGACAAAAUCCAGGUCACCUACGUGUACAUGCAUCCGGGCAACGACAACCUAGCGCAUUAUUGCGGCAAAACCAAAGUGGUCGACUUUGUGCCCAAACACCCCGACGACUUACCCGUAUGGGAAUCGGGGCUACUUACAAACCACAAUGAAGAGAUACUCCUACGGCCGGUGCGACUAUACAAAGACCCAUUCAGGGGCGGCAAUAAUAGACUGGUCUUAUGUGAGACAUUGGACAGCGAUAUGAAACCCCAAACGUAUAAUCACCGGCACAGUUGUCUGGAGGCCAUGGAUGCGGCCAGUGGUCAACACCCGUGGUUUGGCUUUGAACAGGAGUAUAUGUUGCUGGAUGGUAAUGACAGGCAAAGGCCACUGGGCUGGCCCGUGAACGGCUACCCGGAACCGAGAUCUGCCCCGCAUGUAAUGUAUCAUGGUGCGGUCGGCGCUAAUAAUCAAUACGGUAGGGAUGUUAUGGAGGCCCACUUCAAGGCCUGUCUGUACGCCGGCGUUAACAUCAGUGGCGAGAAUGCCGAGGCUCAGCCUUCCCAAUGGGAGUAUCAGGUGGGUCCGUGCGAAGGCAUACAACUGGGCGACGAUCUGAUAAUGUCUCGGUAUAUACUGUUGCGGUUGGCCGAAGACCUGCACAUUGGGGUAACCUUUAACCCGAAACCUGUAGAGGGCUGGCCGGGUAACGGCGGUCACACCAACUUCAGCACUGAGGCCAUGCGCCGGGAGGGAGGGGUAGAGGAGAUUAACCGGGCUAUUGAGGCCCUCAGCAAAAGACAU